GUUGUCUUUCAGUCUACCAAUGAGAUUACCAGCUCACUUUGAUCGACGUGUUCCCAACCAAUCAGAGUUCACAGAUGUAACCCGCCUCGGUAAUGCUUGAACUGGGCUGCUUCACGGACACUCCAAACUUGUAGUAGCACCUGUCCGACACCCACAAAGUGCCGUAACACAGUAAAAAUGCCUUUGACCAACAAGUCUGUGAGUGGCAGCGGUGCAUCCAAUCAGGCGGCUGUUCCUGAGCAGGGAGAGCCUCCCCCUCCUGCUCCAGAAACCACCAGGGCAGCUGCUGAUGACACAGGAGCUCCAGAUGAGCAGGGAGACCCGGAAAUACUCAAAUCACCAAGCGACCCGAAGAAGUACAGGUACAUCGAGCUGAGCAACGGCCUUCGAGCGCUCCUCAUCUCGGACUUUAGCAGCGCAGAAACGGGCACAGAGGAAGAGGAAGAGGAAGAGGAAGAAGAGGAGGAGACGGAAGAUUCUUUUGAGAUCUCUGAGGAAGAGGAGACCGAAGAAGAAGAGGAAGAGUAUGAGGAAAAUGCAUCAAAGAGGAAGAGGUCUGAGAAGCAGGCGGCCGCCGCGCUCUGCAUCAGUGUGGGGAGUUUCAGUGACCCGGACGACCUGCCCGGCCUGGCCCACUUCCUGGAACACAUGGUGUUUAUGGGCAGUGAGAAAUACCCGGCAGAGAAUGACUUCGACGCCUUCCUGAAGAAGCAUGGAGGGAGCGACAACGCGUCCACCGACUGCGAGAGGACCAUCUUCCAGUUUGACGUGCAGAGGAAGUAUUUCAGGGAGGCCCUCCACAGGUGGGCUCAGUUCUUCAUCUGUCCUCUGAUGCUGGAGGACGCUGUGGACAGGGAGGUGGAGGCUGUGGACAGCGAGUUCCAGCUGGCGAGGCCUUCGGAUUCCCAUCGGAAGGAGACGUUGUUUGGAAGUCUGUCCAAGGCGGGGCAUCCCAUGGGCAAGUUCUUCUGGGGUAAUGCUCAGACGCUGAAGCAUGAUCCUAAAGAGAAGCAGAUCAACACGUACCAGAGACUGCGGGACUUCUGGAGGAGAAAUUACUCUGCUCAUUACAUGACGCUGGCCGUUCAGUCUCGAGAGACGCUGGACACCCUGGAGGAGUGGGUGAGAGAGAUCUUCAUCGAGGUGCCAAACAAUGGAGAACCUCGACCAGACUUCUCCCACCUUCAGGAGCCGUUUGACACGCCGGCCUUCAACAAACUCUACAGAGUUGUUCCUGUGAGGAAAGUUCAUGCUCUGACCAUCAGCUGGGCCGUUCCUCCGCAGGGCAAACACUACAGAGUGAAGCCUCUCCAUUACAUCUCUUGGCUCGUUGGACACGAGGGCGCCGGCAGUAUCCUGUCUCUGCUGAGAAAGAGGUGCUGGGCUCUGGCUCUGUUUGGAGGGAACAGCGAAACGGGCUUCGACCAGAACACCACCUACUCCAUCUUCUCCAUCUCCAUCACGCUCACUGACGGAGGUUUCCAGAACUUUUUUCAGGUGGUUCACUUGGUGUUCCAGUACCUGAAGAUGUUGCAGACUCUGGGUCCACAGGAGAGGAUCUAUGAGGAGAUCCAGCAGAUCAAGGACAAUGAGUUCCGGUACCAGGAGCAGACGGACCCGAUUGAGUUUGUGGAGAACAUCUGUGAGAACAUGCAGUUGUUCCCCAAAACGGACCUCCUGACUGGAGACCAGCUGAUGUUUGAGUUCGACUCCCAGGUCAUUGGUUCGGCUCUGGACCUGCUGACGCCUCAAAGAGCCAACCUGCUGCUGCUGUCCCCUGACAACCAAGGCCGCUGUCCGCUCAGAGAGCGAUGGUUCGGGACCUGCUUCAGCUGUGAAGACAUCCCAGAGGAGUGGUCGAAGCGCUGGGCUGGAGACUUGGAGCUGCACCCUGACCUCCACCUCCCUGCUGAGAACAGGUUCAUCGCCACCGACUUUGCCCUUAAAGAGUCCGACUGUCCCGACACAGAGUUUCCCGUCAGAAUUGUGGAAAAUGAGCAAGGAGCUCUGUGGUUCAAGAAGGACAACAAGUUCAGGAUCCCUAAAGCUUACAUUCGCUUCCACCUGAUCUCCCCACUGAUCCAGAGGAGUCCUGAAAGUCUGGUUCUGUUUGACCUCUUUGUCAAUAUCCUGGCCCAUAACCUGGCGGAACCAGCCUACGAGGCCGACGUGGCUCAGCUGGAGUACAAGCUGGUGGCUGGAGAGCACGGGCUGGUGAUCCGGCUGAGAGGCUUCAACCACAAGCUGCCGCUGCUGCUGCAGCUAAUUGUGGAUCAUCUGGCCGACUUCGUCAGCGAGCCGGCUGUCUUCGACAUGUUCAGUGAGCAGCUGAAGAAGGCCUACUUCAACAUCCUCAUUAAGCACGACAGGCUGGGCAGAGACGUGCGGCUGCAGAUCCUGGAGCCCAAACGCUGGUCCGUCAUCCAGAAGUACCAGGUCCUCAUGAAUGGUCUGACCAACGACAACCUUAUGACCUUCGUCGCUGAGCUGAAGGCGGAGCUUUAUGCAGAAGGGCUGGUUCAGGGGAACUUCACCAGCGAAGAGUCUAAAGAGUUCCUGCAGUUCUUCACAGAGAAGCUGCAGUUCCAGCCGCUGUCAGUAGAGGUCCCCGUUUCCUUCCAGGUGGCAAAGCUGCCGCAGGAACAGCUUCUGUGUAAAGUGAAGUCCCUGAACAGAGGAGACGCAAACUCAGAGAUCACCGUGUUCUACCAGUCGGGGCUGAAGAGGCUGAGAGAGCACGCUCUGAUGGAGCUGAUGGUGAUGCACAUGGAAGAACCCUGCUUUGACUUCCUGAGGACCAAGGAGACUCUAGGGUACCAGGUGUACCCGACCUGCAGGAAUACUUCAGGGGUGCUGGGGUUCUCUGUCACCGUGGAAACGCAGGCCACAAAGUUCAGCACAGAGUUUGUGGAGGCAAAGAUCGAGGAGUUCCUGGAGAACUUUGGCGAGCGCUUGUCCGGUCUGACCGAAGAGGCCUUCAGCACUCAGGUGACGGCGCUCAUCAAGCUGAAGGAGUGUGAGGACGCCCACCUGGGCGAGGAGGUGGAGCGCAACUGGUUCGAGGUGGUCACGCAGCAGUACGUCUUCAACAGACUGAACAAAGAGGUUGAAGCUCUGAAGGUCUUCGCCAAAGAGGAGCUGGUUUCCUGGUUCCUGGUGCACAGAGAGCGCAGCAGGAAGCUCAGCGUGCACGUGGUGGGUUUUGGUGUGCAGGAGAACGACCCCCCCGAUCAGAGCAUGGACGACCCCCCUGCCUCCUCAGUUUACGGGGAAGUGAGCGAGCUGACCUUCCUGCCGGUUUUGACGGCGGCGCUGCAUGGAGCCACGCCCAUCAGUGACAUCAGAGGCUUCACCUCCUCCCUCCCCCUUUACCCCUACCACAAAAUCCUGGAAUAAGCCCCUCCCACUUUUUUUCAUUUUUUUUUUUUCUUUUUAAAAUCAAAUCCGUUUUGUGAGUCCUGUUCUGGUUUCAGUCCAUUUUAAAGACUAAUGUCGUCUCAGUUUUAACCUUUGGACAUUCAGAACUCUCAGGGGACGUGAAUGCAACGCUCUGACUCCACGUGUUGUAAAGUCCCACCUCCUGCAGGAGGUGCACGUGUCUACCGUCCACAUAAACACAUGAUUCUAGAUGAAGUUCCUCAGACAGCUGGCUGCUUCUACUCAGAGGAAACACUAAUAAAAAUAGCCAUGGCGCAUAAGAUCA